AUGUCGGACCCAGAGAGAUCUCCCCUGCUGGGAGUAGAGGAUGGCGAGCGUGACCGCCGGGUAGAGCCUGGCAACGAGUCGACACCACUACUUUCGAGCAGUGACACCCUGGGUUACGAUGGCAUUGACCAUGGGCAACAGGACCGUGGCGACGGCGCGUCUAAGGCACCAAGACGGAGAUGGCCCUCCAUCAUAGCUAUGAUCCUUCUCGGCAUACUCUCCAUCGCAAUCAUCGUCGUCGCAUUCGUCGUACCUGCAGCGAUCGAGGAGUACGCCAAAGAGGCUGCCGUCCUCGAGCCGACCAACCUCUCCCUCGAGUCGAUCACCACGGAUGGCGUGCGCGCUCGCAUACAAGCAAAUUUUAGGCUGGAUGGGUCUAAGGUCAAGAGCGACCACGUAAGAAGAGUUGGAAGCGUUGCGACUUGGUUCGUCCGGGAGUUGGGAACUGAGGCGACGAGCGUUAAUGUCUACCUGCCCGAGUAUGACAACAUCAUGCUUGGCAGUGCCAACAUACCGCCCAUCAACCUCAAGAUCAACGGCCAGAACACUGCGAUCGACAUGGUGGCCGAUCUCGUCCCGGGUCAGGCAGAGGGCAUUCGCACGCUUGCGAACGAGUGGCUGGAGGGCAGGAUGAACAGGGUUCGGUUCCUGGGCAAGGCCGACAUCCAACUCAAGACGGGCAUCAUCCCUCUCGGCACGCACACCGUGUCCGAGUCUCUGACAUUUGAAGGCGGAGGUCUCCCUCCGUACAACAUCACUAAGGUGUUCUUCCGAGACAUCGACAAUCACACCGUGGGAGCCGAGGUAUCCAUCAACGCGUUCAACAAAUGGCCUGUCGAGUUGGACAUACCACCGCUAGCGUUUGAGAUUCUUGUGCCAAACUGUGGCCUGCACGACCCCUAUAUCCUAGUUGCGGAGGCCUUGACGGAUCCUGUGGAUAUCAGGCCUCGGUCACGCGUCGUCGCAAACGUCCACGGGGUGGUUAGGGAACUUCCAGACUCGCUGACGCGGGUGUGCCCCGACUCUGAAAACACUCCCUUGGAUCGUAUUCUCAAGCAAUACCUCGGAGGCCAGACACCCAAUGUCUUUGUGCGGGGAAAGAGUCACCCAGCAGUGGGCACACCGGAAUGGCUCAACGAGAUUAUGUCUCAGGUCGUGGUGCCUGUGCCGUUUCCUGGGCGCAGCUUUGAUAACCUGAUACGAAAAUUCUCCCUCACGGACACGCACUUCAGCCUCCCGGAUCCCUUGGCCGAGCCGGACGACCCUGGUGCGAGCCCAAAGGUGUCGGGAACCAUUCAGGUCCUGGCCGGUCUGCCUAAGGAGAUGAACUUUGGUAUCAAUGUGACACAUAUCCGUGCGGCAGCCGAUGUGUUCUUCCAAGAUCAGAAGCUUGGCGUUCUUGAUGUGCGCAAGUGGCAGCCAGCAAAUUCAACCAGGAUCGAGUCCGGCAGCGACGGCGGUCCAGAGCUCGAGAUCCAAUCGCGUAUCGACAAUGCUCCAUUGAAUGUCACAGACGGAGACGUAUUGACAGAUGUCAUCCAGCGUCUCAUCUUCCAAGGCAAGACGAUUCAGCUGGAUAUCAAGGCCUCAGUGGACGUCCAGGUCGAGACUGUCCUGGGAGACCUAGUUCUCAAGGAUAUCCCCGCCGAGGGGAGAAUACCAGUAAAACUUAUACGCAAGGGAGGACCCUCAAAUGGCAAUCCCUUCGACCAACUCGCUCCCAGAGUUGGGAACAUCAAGAUCCUGGAGACUACACCUGAAUCGCUACGACUAGAAGCAUUGGUUAACGUUACGAACCCGACAUCCUAUACCGCGAGCAUCCCCUACGUGACUGCUCACAUUCUUUGCAACGGAUCAGUCAUUGGCGAGAUUACAGCCGAAAACCUGGAUAUCCAGACAGGUCACAACCCGUUCCUUGUUGCCCAGGCAAGGUGGCAGCCAUCCAUGGGUGGUGAGAGCGGGAAGGUCAUCGCGAGGGAAUUGCUAUCUCAGUAUCUUUCGGGUUUCAACACAACUCUGUCUGUCCGCGCCCACCGUAACAGCAUCCCUGGCCAACCCCUCAUCGGCGAAGCCCUGUCACAUUUCAACAUCACCAUCCCUACACCUCAUCUCGCCCUGCCUGGUGACGACGACGACGACAAUGAUGAUCCGGACGCCAAGCCAGAUCGCAGAACCCACUUUAUCCGUGAGGCGACCUUCCACCUACUUUCAUCCUCUGCACAGUUCACUCUUGCUUCUCCCUUGCGCUACAACACCAUAUAUCUUGAACAUAUCAAUGCAACAGCCUACUACAAUCAUACCGAACCGGUAGGCAGAAUCAUCCACGACCUGCCGUUCGCAGCAAAACCUGGUCUGUCGCAGACUCCCAAACUUCCCGUCGAUUGGUCCGUUGGCAGCAUUGGGCGAGAUAAAGUCCGCAAGGCGCUGGGCGGCGAACUGAAGCUCGAUGCCGUGGCAACGGUGGGUGUGAGGAUCGGCGAAUGGAGGGAGAGGGUUUGGUUUAUCGGGAGGGGUAUCGGGGCACACAUCAGGCUGUAG